GUUGGUGAUAUAUUCAGAAUACUGCAGUUUAUUAUGGCAGUCACUGCGCCGUUACAGUACAAGAUAUUUCACGAUCCAAUUCAUGGUCAUAUAGAGGUCCACCCGCUAUGUGUUAAAAUCAUAGAUACACCACAGUUUCAAAGACUUAGAGAUUUAAAACAGAUAGGAGCCUGCUAUUUUGUGUAUCCUGGAGCUUCAAACAACAGAUUCGAACAUUGUGUUGGAGUAUGUCAUUUAGCUGGUCAGCUAGCGCGAAUAUUACAGCGGCGACAACCAGAAUUAGAUAUAUCAGAUAAAGAUGUACUGUGUGUAGAAAUAGCUGGUCUUUGUCAUGAUCUAGGCCAUGGACCAUUUUCACAUUUGUUUGAUGCUAAAUUUAUACCUGAAGUAAAAAAAGGACCCACUUGGAAGCACGAAGAUGCGUCUGAAAUGAUGUUUAAUUUUCUGAUAAAAGACAAUAACCUACAGGAGGAAUUCACAAAAUAUGAGUUAGACAAGAACGAUCAGGACUUCAUCCGGGAACAGAUUCUAGGGCCCAAAAAAGAUACAAAUGAUGAAUACCAAUACACGGGGAGAGGGCAAGAGAAAAGAUUUUUGUAUGAGAUUGUUGCAAACAAUAGGAAUGGAAUUGAUGUAGACAAAUGGGAUUACUUUGCGAGAGACUGUCAUGGAUUGGGAAUAAAAAACACCUUUGAUCACAACAGAUACAUGAAGUUUGCACGUGUUAUAAAGGUUGAUAACGGAUCUUCAAAUUCAGAUUUUCAAAUCUGUUCAAGAGAUAAGGAAGCUGAAACCUUGUACGGAAUGUUUCAACUCCGGUCAGUUCUUCAUAGAAGGGCUUACAAGCACAGAGUUUGCAAUGCUGUUGAAGCUAUGAUCGUGGAUGCAUUAAUAUCUGCUGAACAGACAGAAAUUGUUCCAGUGGAAGACAAGAAGCGUCUGAAAUUAUCACAAUGUAUCGAUAAUCCAGAGGGAUACACCAAAUUAACCGAUAGUAUCUUUUACGUAAUUCUCAUGUCAGUUGAUCCCAAACUUACGGAGGCUAGAGCUUUACUAGAAAGAAUUCUGAAUCGAAAUUUAUACAGAUGCGUUGGAGAUACAACUCCCAAGGAAACUCCAAAGAAGGAGAACAAAGAGGUCAAAAAAUUCGUCGAAGCUUUAAAAGCCGAAAUAAUUACAUACGUUAUUAGUAAAUCAGAGCUGGAGAAAAAAGACCUGUAUGUCGAUGUAGUAUUGCUGGACUACGGAAGCAAAACGAAAAACCCAAUGGAAAACGUUCGUUUUUAUACAAAGAAUGACCAAAACACUGCAAAGUGUUUAAAUAUGGAAAAUGUAUCUCUAAUGUUUCCUAGAGUUUUUGCUGAGUACAUCAUAAGAUUGUAUUAUAAAAAACCAGACACGGAGAACAUGCAGAAAGCCAGUGUGGCAUUUGAGAAAUGGUGUGAUGUUAAUAAGUAUGGUCAACAGAGCAAAUUUCCUGGCAGUACGACAGAAACAUGA